AUGAGCUUCAGUCCCUAUGGCGAUUAUGCACCACGACCACCGACCGAGCAAGCACAACAUGGUCGUGCAGAGUCGCAAUCCGGGCAAGGAAGUAAUCAAGCCAAUUCAACAGCCAAUGUAGCACAGUCCUCGGAUGGGUCUGGGUAUGCGCAGCCGUUUAUGGGCGCCGGUGGUGGCGGUAGCGGUGGGUCCUACAACAAUGGCUCCUUCUCGGCCAGUAUGAACUUGUCUGGUCAAGCGCAAGCGUUCCGGCAUCAGAUGCAGCAGUCAUCGCUCGGACACAAUCCAUAUGGUGCGCCAUCGGGUCAUCUCUCCAGUGAUCGUGAUACACAGUACAACGCGUACUUUGACCCGACUGUCGCGAACCCUAUGUCGAUGCAAGGCUACAACACGCAUAUCGGCAGCAGCAAUGGAUCUGUUAGCACUGCGAACACUGCCCUGUACGGUGGCUUGUCGCUCAAUUCACCACAUAGCGCGUCUAUGCACAGUAAUGGUGCGCCACCGCAACUGCAAUCGCAUCGCAGUGGUUCUGUUGGCAGUAACUCUGAUCAACAACAGCAGCAAGCAGAUGCAGCUAAAUACGCAUACCUACAGAUGCAAGCUGCCAAGCACUAUGGUUAUGAUCAGAGCCAAAACCACGGCUCAACACAACCGCAGUCACAACCACAAUUGCAAGGACAAGCGCAGAUGAGGGUAAAGCAAUCACCAGCCGUAUCACAGCCACCUCAACAACCGCAAAUCCCAACGCCCAUCAUUCCUGCAUUGGCUGCAGCGAGACCCGCCUCGUCAAGUACGCCACCAGCAGCCAAAAAGCAAAAGGUUGUGGCAAAACGUGGAUCUGGUUUCAGUCGCAAGACGGAAGUCAAGGAUGAGAAUGAUUCAGAUGAAGAGUACAACAUGGAAGGCAUGAAGACAAAGUCAGGACGCAAGGUGCAUAAACCAUCGCAGUUCAACCCAAGUAAGCAGACGAGUGGCAGACGUCGUGGUGGACCUCCCAAGAAGCCAGUGCUUGAUUCCCUCUUUUGCAAAGUCUGCGAGCGUGGUCAUUCACCGAAGAGCAACAUGAUCGUCUUUUGCGAUGGUUGCAAUGAGCCAUACCAUCAGCUCUGCCACUUACCAGUCAUUGACAACCUCCUGGUGACGCUACCGGAUGCAGAAUGGUUUUGCAGUGCGUGUGAUGAGAAACGAGGACACAAACCACUGGAGAUGGGUUCCGAUGGCGCCGACUUGACAGAAGUACAAAAGAAGACUUACCUCGCGUCUUUGCCCACCUCACACUUGGUGGAUAUCAUUCUGGCUGCUGCACGGGACGCACCGCACCUCAAGCUCUUCGCACCAGAAACACGCAAUAUCCUUGAAGAAAUCCAUGCAAAGCAGGAGCAAGCGAUUGCAGAGGAGCGUGUCAGAUUGUUGGGACAACAAUAUGGUCCUGGGGAUGAGUAUGUCCCACCUGUCAGUGCCGAAGAUGAGGCAUGUAAUGUCCCUGGCCAGCCGCCCAUGGAGCAAAUUGUCAUUCGAGCCAUCCAGACACUCGCUGCAACCAAUGGAUCAACAACGCGUGAUAUUAUUGACUGGGUGGAUCGCAAUUACAGUAUGCCAGAUGGUUCCUACAAGAUGCUCGUUGCUCAGCAAAUUGCCAAUUGCGUGCGCAAAGGUAGACUCGAACAAGUCAAGGUGGCCGAUCAGACAGGUUUCAAAAUCAACCAAGAGUAUCGCGCUACUGUUAAAGUGGGACCAGCAGCUUUACCCUUUCCAGCGGCAACAAGUGGUGGUCGAGUAGCAACACGUCAUGCGGGUGAGACGGGUGUUACUGCCUUCAGCAAUGAAGCACAAAUGUAUCCACCUGGUUCGGGCAUUCAGUUGCCGCCCGAGUCGGCUGCAGAGGAUGGCUUUGCUAUGGUGGAGACUGAAUCCCCUGUGUUUACGCAUAGGCAUGGUUGA